AUGGAUAUAUAUGGCCCAGAAGUUUGGUAUAAUAAUUUACCAAAUGUAACAAAAUAUUUGAUAACAUUAAUUUUUUUAGUUACUUUAUUGAUAACUUGUAAUUUAUUAAACGUUGUAUACCUUUUAUUAGACUGGAAUUUAAUAUAUAAUAAUUAUCAAAUAUGGAGAAUUUUUCUUAACUUUUUAUAUAUUGGGAAAUUUUCUUUAUCUUGGGUAUUUUUCAUGUCCUUAUUUGCUCAAUUUUCCUCAUCGUUGGAAAAAAAUGCAGUAUUCUCAAGUCCUGGGUCGUAUUUAUAUUUUAUUACUAUUCAGUGUACCUUUUUAUCCCUAAUAAGUAUUUUCUUUUAUUGGCCAAGGGGUUAUCCAUUUUUGGGAAAUUCUCUUUUAUUUGCAAUAAUAUAUUAUUGGUCUAGGAGAGAGGCAUGGAGUCAGGUUUCGAUUUAUUUCUUUACUGUAAAAGGGUAUCAGUUACCUUUCGCUUUAAUCUUUUUACAUUUUAUUAUGGGACAGUCCAUAUGGAUUGACAUUAUGGGCUUAUUAUCAGGACAUAUGUACUAUUUUUUUAGGGAACUUCUUCCAAGAGAGGGUGGUCCAAAUUUGUUAGAAAAGACUCCACAAAUAUUUGACAAGAUAAUGAUGAAGUUGCGAGAAUUUCGCAUAAGUCAAGGAAUAAGAGGUAAUUUCUCGAGAUAUGGGUACAGAAAUAUUAAUAGCCCAAGAACGACGAACAGUAGUGGAACGAGCAGAAGAGUUUUCAUUGGAAGAGGUGUAAGACUAGGCGAUAGUUGA